AAAGCAGAAUCCUAAAGCCAGCAGGAUGCCUGGACUCAUCAACAAGGAGAGCCAGUGUGCUCUGCCCCUCAGUGUGUCUGACAUCACCUGCUGCGUCAGGGGUUAUACUCUGGCUCUGACGGCCUCUAUGACCUACGAGAAUAUUGAGGACCACGCAAUUGAGGGUAUCUUCAUAUAUCCACUGGAAGAAAAUUCCAUUGUUGUUGGGUUUGAGGCUAUGAUAUCCAGUCAAAUUAUAACCCUGCAAAUAAAAGGCAAGGCAAAACUUGAUGAUUGUUAUCAGGACAUCUGCCGCACCGCUAACGGGGGUCUCCAGAGCAACACCGCUACAGGGAACAUACUGGUGGAUGAGGACUUUGAGAGGACUGUGCUAGUAGUUAACCUUGGAAUUAUCCCCCCAAUGGAGACGGUGCACAUCCUGGUCAGCACGUCGUCUGAGCUCACCACGUUGCCCAGCGGCGGGAUCAGGGUCUCAUCCCCACCGGUUUGCACUCCUCGGGUACAAAGGACCAUCAACGAGGAGCAGGGAUUGUCGCCGAACUUCUCCCGAACUCGUGAAAGACCCACUUGUGCCUCAAGUCCUCACGAUCAGAAUCCAAGCGCCUCUCCGCUGUGGCUGGCGGCGCUGCUGGAGGAUGAGGCCAUCAACUCCAUGGACUAUGAAUUUAACUUCCAGCUGGAGAUUCGAGCUCCGUACCUUCUCGCAGGAGUGGAGAGCCCUUCUCACGCCAUCCGAGCUGAUGCAGACCCUCUGGCUCGCUCGGCAACCAGCGUCGUCAUCACGCUGGCUGACAAGUACACUUACGACUGCCCUGUCGAAAUACUCAUCUACCCCAGCGAGCCCCAUGUGCCACACGUUCUCGUCGAGAAUGGAGACAUGACGCAGGAGGAGUACGACGAGUAUCUUCACAGUCGGAGUGAUUUCAUCAAAGCAACCAAGAAGGACUCCAGCAAUCAGAGGAAAGUGA